AUGCAGGAAGUGAAGAAAGUGGAGCUGGCAUCGAAUGACGUGAAGCUGCUGGCCAUCAAGGGCUACACCGUGGGCGACCCGCUGAACAGCGGCAGCUUCGCCUGCGUCUGCAAGGCCACCGCAAAGGGCAAGCCGGCGGCGGUGAAGGUGAUCGACCUGGAGAAGACCUCCGACGACUACCGCCUCAAGUUCCUCCCUCGAGAGCUGUACACGAUGAAGAAGCUCAGCCACCCGUACGUCAUCCAGGUGCUGGACAUCUUCGCCAUCGGCAAUCGUGUGCUAGUGUUCAUGGAGCUGGCUGAUGGGGGCGACAUGCUGGACCUGCUGCAGGCCCUGAAGCAUCCGCUGAGCGAGGAGAAGGCUCGCGCCUACUACCUUCAGUUUGGAGACGCUCUACGCUACAUGCACUCUGUGGGCUUCGCCCACCGAGACAUCAAGUGUGAGAACAUUCUGCUGAACAAGGACAAGAGCGCCGCCAAGUUGACUGAUUUUGG